AUGGGGUUAGAACUUGAAAGAGGGCAUUUGCAAACAAUGGCAAAGAUCACAUUGUCCAUUUUCAUCAUCUUCCCCAUGACCGGUUUGUCACUUGCAACUGAUACUUUGGGCGUGACCAGUUCCAUCAGGUAUGGAGAAACAUUGGUUUCUUCAAAUCUAACCUUUGAGCUAGGAUUCUUUACUCCUCGCAACUCAAGUACGAGCUACUUGGGUAUAUGGUACAAGUUUAGUCCUAACAUGGUUGUGUGGGUUGCUAAUAGAAACAAUCCACUAUCGGACCGCGACGGUGUUCUCACAUUCAACGUUGCGGGUAAUUUAGUUGUUCUCAACCAAUUGAAUGGUGUGGUUUGGUCUUCGGAGUUGUCCGGGGUCCUCCGGAAUCCAAUUGCGCAGCUCCUAGAUACAGGAAAUUUUGUCCUUUGGGAUAACACUGUUUCAAGUUCUGAUGAAACCUAUUUGUGGCAAAGCUUCGAUUACCCGUCUGACACGCUUUUAGCAGGCAUGAAGCUGACUUUGAACCGGAAAACGGGUUUUGAACGGCGUCUCAUUGCAUGGAAAAGCAUGGACGACCCUUCUCCCGGAUACUAUGUCCAUGAGUUAAACUACAGUCAGGGUCUCCCUCAGUAUGAAGUGGUGCAAGUGCAUGUGCAUAGCAAAAAAUAUCGAACGGGGCAAUGGAACGGAGUCCAAUUUGUUGGCUGCUCCAUUGCACCAAAUCCAUUUAGAGUGUCAGCGUUUGUGUACACUGAAACUGAGAUCUCCUUCAUGUUUGAGGUUCAGGAUAGGCAGCUUUUCUCGAUAAUGAAAUUGAACUAUUUGGGAGUGGUGCAACUUUUAGUGGUGAAUAGAUCAAGAAGUGCCACGUGGAAUGCCUUUUUAGAGCUCCCUAGUAAUCCUUGCGAUUUUUAUGGCAGGUGCGGUGCUAAUGCCAUCUGCAAUGAUAGUUUGUGUGAAUGUGUGAAAGGGUUCAUGCCUAACUCGCUUGACGAAUGGACGGUCCAUAAUUUUUCCAGCGGAUGCAAGAGGACAAUACCCCUGAAUUGUUCAAAAGGAGAUGGGUUUUGGGAAAUUGAAAAUGUUAAACUGCCUGACCAGUUGGAGGUAACGCUGUACAGGAGUAUGAGCCUCGAGGAAUGCAAGGACAAGUGCUUGAAGAACUGUUCGUGCACGGCUUAUGCUACUUCAGAUGUCAGAGGACAGGGCAUUGGCUGCCUCAUGUGGUUCGGGGACUUGAUUGACAUGAGAGUGCUCGAAGAAGUGAACCACGUGCAAACUCUAUAUGUACGCCAAUCAGCAUCUAAACUCGAUGCCAUUCGUGACCGCACCAGGAGGAAAAUAAUAUUAGUAGCAGUCAUGUUGAGUUCUAUCAUUGGUGGAUUGCUAUUAGUCGGAACUGCAUUUUGGGGUGUAAAGCAUAAGAAAAAGAGAAUCAGGAUUGGAGGUCUUGAAAUCACAAAAGAAGACAUCGAUUUGCCAUUAUAUGAUCUAGCCGCCAUUGAAAGUGCUACGAGCAAUUUCUCUAAUGACAAUAUGAUUGGGGUUGGUGGCUUCGGUCCUGUUUAUAAGGGAAAUCUGCAGACGGGACAGUUAGUAGCAGUCAAGAGGCUAUCAAAGAGUUCAGGGCAAGGUCUUGAAGAGUUCAAGAAUGAAGCUAAAAGCCUUGCUAUUGUGAAAUGUAGCGGUUACAUGGCCCCUGAAUAUGCUAUGGAUGGGACAUUCUCUUUGAAGUCGGACAUAUAUAGCUUUGGUGUGCUCCUACUGGAGAUAGUUAGCAGCAAAAGGAAUAGAGAAUUUUCCCAUCCAAGCCAUCACCACAACCUUCUCGGUCAUUGCCGCAACCUCCUCUUGGUUGGGAGCGGGGUGGGCAACUUCCGCCGGUCUUUGGCGCUGCCGCAGGGGCCUCUUGAGAGGGUAGUGGAUUUGGAGCCUGUGGUAGCGCUCCUUCUCCUUGAGAGGGCACUGCGGUAG